GUAGAAAAGAUUUGUUAAGAUCUUCUGAAAUUGCUUACUAAGCGGUACAUUAACCCAAGGCAAUGGUACGAGCAAAAGUUUUGACACCAGUUUGAACACCUUUUGAAGUAGUAGGUAGAAUAAAUUCCUUAUAGAUAUACGUGUCAUGUGCAUUAUCUGCAGAACUGAUGUUCAUAGAAACUGGAUUUCUUCGAAUUACCGCCCAUCAUGCGACCAUGCAUGUUAUAUGUGGAGCACUUCCUCCACCUUUCUAUCCUGAUAGAGUCAGAAACGGUUGCAUGUCUAUGAAGACUAGAAUCCUAGCAAGUACAAAGAAGGCAAGUAAACAAUACUCCAGCCCAGAGCUCAAUGAUGUCUCCAGGUUGAAAACUACUCUAAACCAUCCGGAGAUUGAUGUUUCGAUGCUCCAAAUGGUCUAAAGCAUCGAAAGACAAUAGAUUAGUGUCAGCAAUUUUACUCUACAUUUGGUCAAAGAACUUUAGAACUUUAGAACCAAAAGAGCACCACUAGCUUUUAUAUCCGGAUUUCCUCUCAUGUUGCUCUUUGUACGUGUACACUCUGUACCUUGUCCUCACCCUGGUGCUCAGCAGAACCCCGAUGGACGUGAAGGAAAUCAUGCAUUCACAGGCAUGACCAUACAACUCAAGUUGAGUACAGUAUUGGUCUUUAAACAUGUAACAUGAUGGAAGUAAUAUGCGUAGAGCCAGGCAAGAAGAUACGAACCCGUGACACAUCACAUAAGCAUCAUUCACUCAAAGGUGGCGUACGAUGCGCGUCGCACAAUUCCAUUCUAACGUUACCUCGGUGAGACUAUGGCUGGCAGGUUGGACGGGUCUUUGACUCUACCACCUCGUCCGUUCUUCUACGAGGAUUAAUUCUUACGAAUUGAUUUGGACUGUGGACCCGAGGAUUGCGGAAGCAGACCAGGCGCGACAUGUUCCGACAUAACAUCACAACUCAGUUCCCAGAUCAUGAUUCAAGCACGAUAAUCGUACGGAGUUCUACAGGCGUAAGGCGCAAAUAUUAUUUUCCCUGGCCAGAAUUUGGCCUGAAAUAGGGUUGGAGGCACAGCCUCAAGGGGCAUGCCCCGGGGCGAGGGCACUAGAGCAUGCCUCGUUCGGGUUCUUUCCAUACAGGCAUGCUUGGAUGUACGAAGAAAUGAAUACGUAGUUUCUGGAACUUUUCAACAACUUUACUUCUAAAAAUGUUUUAUUCUCAUAGAUGUACAUUUUCAAAUAUGUCAAAUGUAUGUAGUUCAAUACGGGCAUGCCUGGGAGCAUGGGCAUGCCUUUUGAUCGUGAAAUGGGGCAUAGGCAUGCCUCAAAAUAUUUUGCUGUGCCUCGAACCCUUGCUGUAGGCAUUGUUGAGUUUCUCACUUGAGUAAUAAAUUCUCUCGAGUGUAUUACCCGUGGAGGUAGCUUUUGAGGGUGAAUCACGUUAUACGUGUGUCUCUUGUGUUGUUGGCUUGCUCACUGUGAUCUUGAGCUUUUCAGGUAGAAUUGGUAUCAGAGCAAGGUUCCGGUUUGGACUUUGUGUCAGAGCGUUUUUUCUAACAAUGUUUUAAGGUUUUUUUAGUUUAAAGACUAAGUGUUUUCAGGUUUUGAUUCGGG